AUGGAUAGCAGCAUCAGAUACAAGGCUGUCAUAAACGGAAUAAUCCUCUCUCUCGCUCUCUCUCUCUCUCUCUCAGGCGGGUGCAGUAUCUGGGCCAUAACUCCAGAGGAGAGAGGGAAACAUGAUAAACAGUUUGACUCUCUCAAUCCCACACUGGGAUAUGUGUCAGGAGAGCAGGCACGCAACUUUUUCCUGCAGUCUGGACUCCCUUCUCCAGUUCUGGCCCAGAUAUGGGCUCUGGCUGACAUGGGUAAGGAUGGAAAGAUGGACAGAUUGGAGUUCUCCAUUGCAAUGAAACUGAUCAAACUGCAGCUGCAGGGCCAGCCCCUUCCCUCUGCCCUGCCAAUCAUAAUGAAGCAGACACCCACCCCCAUGAUGACAUCGUCGUCUCGAUUCGGAAUGGGCUCGAUGCCAAACCUCACCGUAAUGCCCACGAUGCCAAUCCUGACACCUGUGCCAAUCCAGUCCUCUGUGCCCGCUGUGCCAGGCCUGGUGCCUGUGGGCAUGCCUGUACCUCUCCUGCCCUCUCUCAGUACACCAGCUCUACCAAACGGCACCGCCUCCCUCCUCACCCCCGCGCCCGCGCCCCCCCUCACCAGCUCCGGUCUAAGUAAAUCACACUCAUUGCUGGACUUGGCCUCCAGUAGUUCAAACUCUUCCUCCUCCACCUCUCUGGUGAGUAACUCCCCCAAAACCGGUGCCUCCGAUUGGGCAGUUCCUCACGCAUCCCGCCUCAAAUACAGACAGCAGUUUAACAGCCUGGACAAACUGAUGAGCGGGUACCUGUCAGGUCCUCAGGUCAGAAAUGCUCUCACUGCCUCCAACCUCACACAGACACAGUUAGCCACCAUCUGGAAUCUGGCUGAUGUUGACAGAGAUGGCCAGUUGAGGGCAGAUGAGUUUAUUCUGGCCAUGCACCUGGUGGACAUGGCCAAGUGUGGGCACCCGCUUCCACUCAGCCUGCCCCCUGAACUAGUGCCACCCUCACUGAGAGCACUGAAGUCAUGUGACCUGCUGAAUGGAUCGAUGCCUUUAAUUAGUACUGGACACACUGAUCUCAUUGAUCCAGAACCUGCCCUGAGGAGCAAGAGCAAUGUGGCAUUUGAGGACAAGUUGCGGGAGAAUUUCCAGCGUGGCAGCGCAGAGCUGGAGAAACGCAGGCAGGCUUUGCAAGAGGAGCAGAGGAGAGAGGAGGAGAGGAGGAGACAGAAGGAGAGAGAGGAGCAGGAACAGAGGGAAAGAGAGACCAGAGAACAGGAGGCCCGUAGAAAGCAGGAGGAGGAGAGAAGGCUAGAGAGACAGAGAGAGAUAGACAGACAGAGAGAGGAGGAGAGGUUGAAAGAACUGGAGAGACUGGAGGCAGAGAAGCGUGAGUAUGAGAGACAGAAGAAGUUGGAGUGGGAGUGUGAACAGCGGGCAGAGCUGCAGUCUCGCCGUGAGCGUAUCCAGAGAGACAUCACUCUCCUCACCGCCCGGAAGAAGACCUUGGAACAGGAGCUGGAGGCUGUGGGCAACAGGCACAGACAGAUAUCUGACUGUCUCCGUGACGCACAGAGCAAGAAGCAGGUCCAGAGGGCGGAGCUUGAUCUGACCAAUCAGAAGAGGGACAGGCGUAUUAGUGAGAUCAGCGCUUUGCAGAUUGAGUUUGAGGACUUUGAGAAGAAGCUGAGUCAGCUGGUCCCAGAGAGACAGAGACUGUCUGACCACCUGAAAAACCUCAGUCAGAGCAGCACUGCCGCUCCAGCAGUGAGUGUGAUGAAGAACAGCGUGAAUGAGAAGGGACAUUCCUGUCGGAAACUAAAGGAGCAACUGGAUGCUCUGGAGAGAGAGACCACAGUGAAACUCUCCGAAAUUGACCGCUACAACCGCGACCUGAAGUCUGUAGAAAUGGAUGACUAUGUGCUUCAGGGUCUACUCUCUCUACUGGGCUGUCUUACCAAUCUCUUCUUCCUAAUAAAGGGCCUGCGGGAGAGACAGAGCCAACAGCAGGCAGUCCUGGACAAACUAAACACGGUGAAGGAGCAGAAGAUUAAAGAACUGCAGCGACGCAGAAAAGAUGAGGAGAGGAAGAGGAGAGAGGAGGAGGAGAGGAGAAAGAGAGAGGAGGAAGAGGAAGCUGCCAGACAGGCAAAGCUGCAGCAGGAGGAGGCAGAGAGGCAAAGAAAACUCCUCCAGGAGAGGGAGGCCCAACUCCGGGAGGAGCAGGAGCUCCAGGCCCAGGCUCGCCUCCGACAGGCCCAGGAGGAGGCAGCUGCACUGGAGAGGAGAAGAGAGGAGGAACGUAGGAGAGAAGCAGAGAGGAGAAGAGCAGAUGAGCAAAAGAGAAUGGAGAGGGAGAGAAACGCUGUCAGUCUUCACACGGAAUCCAACUGCACAGAAGGUGUGGAGCCUGUGUUGAAUGCACAAGGAAACUCCGCCACCCUUAGCACCUACAGAGCCCUGUACCCCUUCACUGCCAGGAAUGCUGACGAACUCACUCUAGACGCUGGCUGCCUGGUUCAGGUAGACAAGUCAACGGUAGGGGAGCCCGGUUGGUUGUACGGCCAUUACCAUGGUAACACAGGAUGGUUUCCUGAAAGCUAUGCAGAGAAAUACAGUCUGGCUGAGAAUUUAACCAACACACCCAAACAGGCCCUCAUACCCCCAGGCCAGUCAACAACUACAACCAGCUCAGGAAUUCCACAUGUCAACACGGAUACUCCUGAGCAUCCUCUCACUCUUGAAUCCUCCUCUGAUACACAUGACUCGACACACACAGAACGCGUUCAGGUUGUUGCUCUCUGCUCUUGGACAGCGAAGAUGGAGAGUCACCUUAACUUCUCUAAGGAUGACAUCAUCACGGUUCUAGAGCAGCAGGAGAACUGGUGGCUGGGCGAGCUAAACGGAGAACAGGGCUGGUUCCCCAAAACCUAUGUUUCCGUGGUGACCAGCAGUGAUACACAGACCGAACCGCUGUACUCCACUGUUGAUGAGUAUGAUGGACCAGACUCCAGUCAGACAGAAGAGUAUGUGGCUCUGUACACGUACGAGAGUCCAGAGUCAGGUGACCUGACCUUCCAAGCAGAGGACACCAUCAUGGUGAUGGAGAGGGAGGGGGAGUGGUGGAGGGGGUGUAUUGGUGACCAAUCAGGACUCUUCCCUUCUAACUACGUCAAAGUCAAAGACACAGGGGCUCCAAAUAAGAAACCAGAGAUUGCCCAGGUGAGCACAGCUAACGUUGCCACGACAAAAGAACAACUGAGCCUCACACCUGGGCAGCUCAUCGUCAUCCUCGGCAAGAACUCCAAUGGCUGGUGGCUGGGAGAGCUACAGGCGAGGGGUAAGAGGCGUCAGAAAGGCUGGUUCAGAUCUGCCAAUGUCCGUCUGCUGGAACAGGGCAGUGGCAAGACCACACCUGCUCCAGUACCAUUGUGUCAGGUCAUCGCCAUGUACGACUAUAAAGCAGCUAAUGACGAUGAGAUGAGUUUCCUCAAAGGCCAACUUAUCAACGUGUUGAACAAAGAUGAUCCUGAUUGGUGGAAAGGAGAACUCAAUGGAGUGACAGGCCUGUUCCCCACCAAUUAUGUCACUCAGACCACAGACUCUGACCCCAGUCAGCAAUGUAAGUCCCACCUUCACCCUCUCCUCAUACACACACUUUCCUUUACCUCACACUUACCUACACAAGGGUGUGCUGAUCUGGUGAGUCUGGACUCCAUGUCUGCUCAGGAGAGAAGGAGACAGGGCUACAUUCACGAGCUCAUUCAGACUGAGGAGAGAUAUGUGGAGGACCUGGAGUUGGUGCUAGAGGUGUUCCAUAAACCCAUGAGUGAGUCAGGCCGUCUGACAGAGAAGGAAAUGGGAAUGAUUUUCGUGAACUGGAGAGAGCUCAUUAUGUGCAACACCAAACUGCUGAAAGCUCUGCGUGUGCGUAAGAAGACGUGUGGAGAGAGAGCGGCGGUGCAGAUGAUCGGGGAUAUUCUGGAGGCUGAGCUGUCCCACAUGCCGGCUUAUAUCCGCUUCUGCAGCUGCCAACUCAACGGCGCCGCCCUGCUGACACAAAAAACAGACCAGGAGCCCGAAUUCAAACUCUUCCUAAAGAAAAUUGCCAGUAAUUACCGGUGUAAAGGGAUGCCACUCUCCAGCUUCCUGCUCAAACCAAUGCAGAGGAUCACACGCUACCCACUGCACAUUAAGAAUAUUUUGGAGAACACUCCACCAGGUCAUGUGGAUGAGUUCCACCUGCGGGCGGCUCUGGAGCGGGCGGAGGAGCUCUGCUCCCAGGUAAACGAGGGAGUGAGGGAGAAAGAGAACUCAGACCGACUGGAAUGGAUCCAGAACCACGUCCAGUGUGAGGGAAUCAUUGAGCACCUGGUUUUUAAUUCACUGACAAACUGUCUGGGCCCUCGGAAACUCCUGCACAGUGGCCGACUACACAAGUCCAAGAGCAGUAAAGAACUCUGGGCCUUUCUCUUCAACGACUUCUUACUCCUCACCUACACGUCCAAGCAGUUCUCGUCAGGAGCAGACAAACUCUUCAACCCCAAAUCCAACACGCAGUUUAAAAUGUAUAAAACGCCUGUUUUCCUGAAUGAGGUCCUUGUUAAGAUGCCCUCUGACCCCUGCAGUGAUGACCCAGUGUUCCAUAUUUCACACAUAGACCGUGUUUACACGAUCAAGGCUGACACCAUCAACGAGAGGACGACAUGGGUUCAGAGGAUUAAAGCUGCUUCAGAACAUUUCAUAGAGACAGAGAAGAAGAGGAGAGAGAAAGCAUAUCAAGCGCGCUCUUUGAAGUCCAGUGGUAUUGGUCGAUUGUUAGUAACAGUUCAGGAAGCUACAGAAUUGAAACCCUGCAAACCCAAUGGGAAGAGUAAUCCGUACUGUGAGCUGACAAUGGGAGCACAGUGCUACACCUCUCGUCCUCUGAGCGACACAGUAAAUCCCAAAUGGAACUUCAGCUGUCAGUUCUUCAUCAAAGACCUGUACCAAGAUGUUCUGUGUAUCACCAUCUUUGAGAGAGAUCAGUUCUCACCUGAUGAUUUUCUGGGUCGUACGGAGGUUCCCGUGGCAACCAUAAAGCGGGACCAGGAGAGUAAAGGAGCUGCCACACGACGCUUACUGCUGCACGAGGUGCCCACAGGGGAGGUGACAGUCAGACUGGACCUACAGCUCUAUGACCAAACACCGCUGCACUAA